UUGUAUUUUAAUUAUACAAAAAUGCGAUUAUUGUUCAGUUUAUAUUUUGUUGUACUAGGAUCAUAUGGGAUAUUGGGAGAAUUGCCUCACACCUGCUCCUGUAUCCCUGGAUUCUUAAAGGCUAAACUAGAGCUAUCUGCUCCAAACGCCUUCAAGAAGUUUGGAAUUUCUCCGACAUUCUUGCCAGUCCCGCCUAAAGACAAGCUAAAGAGUUCUUUUAUGACAGCAAACGUGGAGUUGGGAAAUUUCAUUGAUCCACUCAGAACUAUUGACACUAAGUAUAUUUCGUAUCCACAGGGAAAGAGUGAUGUUAAAUACUCGUUAUUCCUCUUUGAUGUUGAUGGACAACAAGGCCCUCCUCCGAACGUAUACCUUAUAGGCCUGUAUGUAAAUGUACCAAACAGCAAGAACUUAUUGAUUGGGGGUGACAUAGCUGUACCUUUUAUUCCACCUGUGCCAGGUUUAGGAACUGGUGUUCACAGACUAACAGGGCUCUUGUAUGAGCAGAACGACCACAUUGACCCUGAUGCAAUGGAAUUCAUGAAAUUGAUAAAAACUCGUGUUAUACAACUGGAACCAAUGGUCAAGAAGUAUAAUCUCAAACCUGAGCCUGUAGCGGGGACUUUCUAUACGACUGAACUUAAACGAUGCGGAGACACCAAACACUAAUAUUUUUGUUUUGAAAUAAAUGUUUGUUAUAAAAGCAUAAA